GUCACCAUGCUAUACUAUCACCAUGCUAUACUAUCACCAUGCUAUACUAUCGCCAUGCUAUACUACCGCCAUGCUAUACUGUCACCAUGCUAUACUACCACCAUGCUAUACUGUCACCAUGCUAUACUAUCACCAUGCUAUACUACCACCAUGCUAUACUGUCACCAUGCUAUACUACCACCAUGCUAUACUAUCACCAUGCUAUACUGUCACCAUGCUAUACUAUCACCAUGCUAUACUACCACCAUGCUAUACUAUCACCAUGCUAUACUGUCACCAUGCUAUACUACCACCAUGCUAUACUAUCACCAUGCUAUACUAUCACCAUGCUAUACUAUCACCAUGCUAUACUACCACCAUGCUAUACUAUCACCAUGCUAUACUGUCACCAUGCUAUACUACCACCAUGCUAUACUAUCACCAUGCUAUACUAUCACCAUGCUAUACUGUCACCAUGCUAUACUAUCACCAUUCAAUACUAUCACUAUACUAUACUAUCACCAUACUUAAGAACCUCACCAUACUAUACUAUCACCAUUCAAUACUUUCACCAUUCAAUACUGUCACCAUUCAAUACUAUCACUAUACUAUACUAUCACCAUACUUAAGGACCUCACCACCAUACUAUCACCAUACCUAGGUGCCGAUACGAUAUGUAUUGCAAUUCUCACAAUUAUAUAUGUAUUGCGAUUCGAUACUGUGAUUUUAUUGUAAUUAGAUUUUUCAAAAUGAGUUUUUAUUAGUCAUGGAAAUUAAAGUGCUGAAAACAAAUUGGCUCUCUAUUUAAAAAUAGAUGGAGAAUAAGUUAUGAAGGAAAAUACUGGCGUUUUGGUGCAGGUACAGCCAACUAGUACAAAAAUGAUAUUGUCAAAACUAUCACAUUUUUAUCAAACAUAAUAUCCCGAUAUGUAUCUAUAGUUUUUUCCCCCAUCACUAUAAUAGUGCUGUUAGGACAGUGUACUCACUAUAUCUGUGUUCUCUUCUAGUUAUGGUGUUCUUUUAUGGGAGCUGCUGACAGGAGAGGUGCCUUACCGUGGGAUUGAUGGGCUGGCUGUGGCCUAUGGUGUGGCUGUCAACAAGUUAACCCUCCCUAUUCCAUCCACCUGCCCAGAACCCUUCUCCAAGCUCAUGGAAGAGUGCUGGGAGCAGGACCCUCACAUCCGGCCGUCGUUUGCCUCCAUCCUGGAGCAGCUAACAGCCAUAGAGGAAGCAGUGAUGGCCACCAUGCCCCAGGACUCCUUCCACUCCAUGCAGGAGAACUGGAGGGUGGAGAUCCAGGAGAUGUUUGAUGAGCUCAGAACAAAAGAGAAGGAGCUGCGUUCGCGGGAGGAGGAGCUGACGCAUGCGGCGCUGCAGCAGAAGUCCCACGAGGAGCUGCUGAAGAGGAGGAGCAGCAGCUGGCGGAGCGGGAGAUCAAUGUGCUGGAGAGGGGAACUCAACAUCCUCAUCUUUCAGCUCAACAAGGACAAGCCCAACGUCAAGAAGAGGAAGGGCAAGUUCAAACGCAGCCGCCUCAAACUCAAGGACGGCAACCGCAUCAGCCUGCCCUCAG